CCGCCUCCUCCGAAUCGUCGGCCAAGCUUCCUCCAGCUCCACCAACCCUCUCCCCUCCCCUCCGCCUCCGCCCUCCUCCUCCAGCUCGAGCGGCCAGCCAACCGCGCGGCCGCUUCUUGAGCCGGGCUCCGCGGUCGCCAUGGCGCCCGGCAAACAUUCCUGAGCUGCUGAGCGGGCAGUUGGGAGUCCGGGCGUCGCAGAGCCACCGCUGGGGAAGGGGGCGCCGAGCCCCGGUCUAAAAGUCAUCACCAUGCUUAGCUCUCCGACGAGCACCCGCAAGCAGGCCAGCUUCGCCGCGAGUGCCAGCCCACAAUCCAGGAAGUCCAUCAGCUUUAUCAGCCCAUCAAAAUCAAGUGCAGGGAAAGGAUAUGCUGCCACAAACCAAAGCAAAAUGGCCGUAUCAAGAACUAUGGGUUUUUUAUCUGAGAUGAAGCCGGCAGAAAAACUAAACAUUCCUGGCACUAAAACGGUACAGGUGCUUGAUCCAAAAGGAGUUGAUGUUACACCCCGACCUCUCUACCAUCCAGAUCCACAUGCUGCAUCAGCAAAGCCAAACAAACUCUUGACAUCACAGGAAGGGUCGCUUGGAUCAGAGUAUAUUUCUUCCUAUAGCCUAUAUCAGAACACAUUAAACCCCAGCAUGUUAGGGCAGUACACAAGGUCAGUCAUGGGGAGCAGUUCAGUGUCUAAGUCAAGUAUAUCAACAACUGAGUCAAUAACAGAGGACUUUGAAGAUCCAUCUUACAAGAGAGAUAGAUUGGCUAGUUUUACAGAUGUACGAGUUUUGAGGACCACAGCUGAGGCAGCGAUAUCAAAGGAAGAGCUGGAGAAGACUAUAGAAAUCAUUCUCACUGAGACAGAAACACUGAGAUUUUUUGACCUGCCAACAGUCAUGUUCUCAACAGAAUCUGAAGAGGCUGAGAAAAUAAUAGAGAAAAAUAAGAAUUAUGAAACCCUUUGUAGAAAUAGAUUAGGCAAUGACUUAUAUGUAGAAAGAAUGAUGCAGACAUUUAAUGGAGCACCAAAGAAUAAAGAGGUUCAGUGUGAAAAAAUCGUACUGGAAGAAAAAGGUGUAGUGGCCACUACCUGGGAUUUAUAUGAUUCUUACAGCAUUCUAGAAACUUCGCUAACAGCAAAACGAUCUACAUAUUCAAGUAAAGCAAGUUUGCCUGCUAAAGACCGGGACCCAAAAAUACAAGACAGUGAAAGUAGUUCUCUAAUGGACAUAGAGAAUGUAAUUCUGGCUAAAGUUCAAGAGGAUGAAGGAGACAACUCGGAGGCAAUAUUAAAGUCUGAUAAGCUUCAUCAAGACUUAUUUUACAUGGAAAGGGUUUUAAUGGAAAAUGUGUUUCAGCCGAAGCUUGCAGCCUACCGUCAACUCCCUGUUUAUAAAGAAAAUGAACCUGGAGAGCCUGAAGAAAUUUUGCAAGUGGAAAAUCUUAAGGUAGCAGAGGACGAGCCAAAAAAGGAUGAUGAAGAAGAGUUGGACAUGGAACUAGAGAUAGAGAUAACUACGGAACAGUCAACAAUACCAGCUAAUUUGGAACGGCUCUGGUCUUUCUCCUGUGACUUAACUAAAGGCCUCAAUGUGAGCAGCCUUUCCUGGAAUAAAGCAAACCCAGACCUUUUGGCUGUUGGCUAUGGAAACUUUGGAUUUAGAGAACAAAAAAAAGGAAUGGCUUGCUGCUGGUCAAUAAAGAACCCCAUGUGGCCAGAGCGUAUUUAUCAGAGUCCAUAUGGAGUUACUUCUGUGGACUUUUCAAUCAGCUCACCUAAUCUGCUAGCAGUUGGCUACCACAAUGGCACCGUUGCGAUUUAUAAUGUGCAGAACAGCCACAACACUCCAGUUCUGGACAGUAGUGAAUCACCUCAAAAACAUUUGGGACCUGUUUGGCAAGUGCAGUGGAUAGAGCAAGACAGAGGAACUACUGGGGAUGACAAGAGAGAGAUCCUGGUGACCAUAUCAGCCGACGGAAGGAUCUCCAAGUGGGUCAUCCGCAAAGGACUGGAUUGUCAUGAUUUGAUGCGACUGAAGCGAACCACUGCUACAGGCAGCAAGAAGGGAGGGGAAAAGGAGAAGAAGGGCGAGGCCUUGAUAUCCCGACAGGCUCCGGGGAUGUGCUUUGCUUUUCACCCCAAGGACACGAAUAUCUAUCUGGCUGGUACAGAAGAAGGCCUUAUUCACAAGUGUUCUUGUUCAUACAAUGAGCAAUACCUAGAGACCUAUAGAGGACAUAAGGGUCCAGUGUAUAAAGUCACAUGGAACCCAUUCUGUCCCGAUGUCUUCUUGAGCUGUUCAGCAGAUUGGGGGGUUAUGAUCUGGCACCAGGAUACCGUCAAGCCGUUUUUGAGUUUUUACCCAACAACAUACGUUGUUUAUGAUGUUGCCUGGUCCCCCAAAUCCGCAUAUAUUUUUGCCGCUGCAAAUGAGAAUAGAAUAGAGAUUUGGGACCUUCAGAUCAGCACUUUGGACCCUCUGAUCGUGAAUGUUGCUAACCCUGGAAUCAAGUUUACAACCGUUCUCUUUGCCAAAGAGACAGAUUGCAUUCUAGUGGGAGACAGCGAUGGCCAGGUUGCAGUCUAUGAGCUGAGAAAUAUGCCUACUGCUUCUGACAGUAGCCGGGGAGAUGUAAUCAACAUUCUGCUUGGGCCCGAGACAAACCAGACAGGAUGAUCUGUCACUCUGGUUACACUUUGUUCUUCUUUAAG